AGCCCUCCACAGGGAGCAGGCGGUGAGCGAGAGAGAGAGAGGAAUAGAGACGGAGAGGGAGAAAGCGAGAAGAAGAGUGUGAGGAGGAGCGAGAUAAGAGAAGGAGAAAGCAGUAAUAAGGAAUAAGAUAUUGAGAGAGAUUCAGGCAGAGUGAGAGAGAGGGGGAGGGAGAGAGAGAGAGAGAGAGAGAGAAGAAGAGAGAGUGACGGCUCCCAGACUUCUCUCGGUGGUUUGUGCACGGCCGGUGUGUGUGUGGCUAGUGUGCGUGUGGCCGUGGCAGGGAUGGCGUCGGAACCGGGCACCCAGUCCAGGGUGAUGUUUCAGACCAAAGAGGAGGAGCCCCCCCAUCGCAAACUGGGCAAACUGACCGUUAAAUACAACCGGAAAGACCUACAGAGGAGACUGGACAUUGAGGAGUGGAUCGAUGGACAGCUGCACCUGCUGUAUGACUGCGAGGAGGAAGAGAUCCCAGAGUUGGAGAUUGACAUUGAUGAACUUCUGGAGCUUUCAGAUGAGGAGCAGAGAACUAGACUACAUGAGCUUUUGCAAGAGUGUGGAAAGCCAAAAGAGGACUUUAUCAACGGGUUGCUUUAUCGGAUGAAGGGCCUUCGCAAGAUGUCAGGACCCCUCAAGAAAUAGUCCUAGGUGAAAGUCCAAGCUAAUGUGAAUAACUCCUACCCCAACCCCACACCCAUAUUUACCUUUAGCGAUCAACAUCCAUCAAAUUAUGUAGAAUUCCCCUGUACAAAUGGGUCAAUAAGGGAGCUGUCCAUAAAUGUUGUUUUUGAGUAUUACUAUUUAUGUACAGUUCUGACAACUUCUUCCAGCAGACAUAGGGUUGCAUUAUAGAUAAAAUUGUAUUGUCUAUUACUCAUUUUUUGUGACUUGUACAUUUUUGGUUGACUAUUUAUAUAUUUUGUUCUGGAAAGCAUUGAAUGUGAUCAUAAAGAAUAACUUUUCAAGUCUA